CCAUGACUCAUGUCUUCAGUGGGGGUUUUGCUUUUAUAAAAAUUUUGUAAAAACCUAACCCCUUUUACAGCAACUGUAGGAGGCCUUGAAGGCGCAGUUGGGAUUUUAUUCCAGUGUUGUCUAACUUUAAAAUGUAAGUUUUGCUUUGUUUUAAAAGAAAAAUUCAUAUAUAUAUAUAUUUUAAUAUUUAUUUAUAACAAUUUGAACUUUGGACUAGUUAAAUAUGUAUAGCCCGCUAUAUAAGUAAGUAGUCUAGGGAUUUCCUUAAACACAGCUUCGUUACGUGAAGGUUUGGGUUGCGUGUAGAAAUAGCCGUUGAACGGUUUACUCUGAACUCUUAACUUGAUUGGAGGCUUUAGACCAGCCUGUGGGUCGCGACCCCUUUGGGAGUCGAACGACCCUUUCACAGGGGUCGCCUGAGAUCAUCGGAAAACACAUGUACUCUGCAAUUAUGAAGUAGUAACGAAAAUAAUUUUGUGGUUUGGGGUCACCACAACAUGAAGGUUGGGAACCACUGCAUUAGAUAAUUAUGUACCAAGUACAGGCCCAAGUGACAUCGGGAAUGCAGUGUCAACCCAGCACUUGUCAUAACAUUUGCAAAAUCCUCGAAUAAAAUGGUUACAUUCGUGUUCCAUAGUGUUUCACGGACAAACUCAUAUUUAUCGUGAUACUUAAUUUGUAACAUAACUUACAUGGGAUGGAUUUUAUUUACAUUUUCAAUUUGACGGACGCCAUUUUGCUAUUCUGAAAUAUAGUACAGCUCCCCUUACAUAAGUAAGCAGUCUAGUGAUUUCCUUAACCCAGUUAAAUAUAGUAUAGCCAGCUAGUUUUUUGAAUUACAUUAGAUAGAAAUGAUAAGUUAGAUACAGGUCUAUAACUCACAUAAUAAAUGGAAGCUUGUCUUCUGGCACUGUCCCCCCCCCCCCACCCUUUGCCAAUCAGCUGUCAUCAAACCAUUGCUUAAGAAGCCCGGUCUGGAUGUACAGGUCUAUAACUCACAUAAUAAAUGAAAGCUUGUCUUCUGGCACUGUCCCCCCCCCCCACCCUUUGCCAAUCAGCUGUCAUCAAACCAUUGCUUAAGAAGCCCGGUCUGGAUGAAAAUAAUUAAUAAAAUUAUAGACCUGUAUCUUACUUAGCAUUUUUAUCUAAAUUGAUUGAAAAACUAGUUCUAAAACAACUUUUUGCUUGUUUAAUUGAACACUCUUUUCAGUUUUAAUCAGUCGGUCCAUAGACAUUUCCACAGCACAUAGACAUCUCUCUUGAGAAUCAGUAAUUACCUCUUGCGCGCAAUGGACAGCGGAAAUGUCUCCAUCCUGAUCCUCUUAGACCUCAGUGCGGUCUUUGACAUUGUUGACCAUGAAAUUCUUUUCAAAACCAUUGAAAAUUACUUUGGAAUUUCUGGUUCAGUUUUGGCUUAGUUAAAUCCUACCUCUCGGAUAGAACGCAGGCGGUCUCUGUCGAUGGCUAUCUCUCCGGCACUGCUGAUUUGGUGUACGGAGUGCCACAGGGGUCCGUUUUGGGCCGGUUCUAUUCACAUUGUAUACCAGACCACUGCUCCUCUUGCUUGGGAGGCAUGCUGUUGAGAGCCAGUCAUUUGUAGAUGACACGCAGCUAUACAAGCACCUACCCAUCCCUCUCUAGUCGAUUCCGCUGUCCAGACCUUGCGGGCGUGCAUUGAUGAUGUCAAGUCAUGGAUGACACUCAGCAAAUUAAAGCUUAAUGAUGACAAAACGGAAGCACUCCUCAUUCACAAUCACACAUCAUCCUCUACCUCAACUCUUCCCACCUCAUUUCAACUAGGUAACUCCAACAUACAGUUUACACCCUCUGCUAGGAAUCUUGGUUAUAUUCUUUUUUAAAAAAUGUCUCUCGAUAAACAUAUCUCUCACAUUGGUCGUUCAGCAUACACCACUAUCCGUCAGAUCAGCUCCAUCCGCCACUACCUCACAGUUAGCGCUACAAAAACUCUAGUCUGUGCUCUUGUUCUCUCUCGUCUUGACUAUUGCAACUCUCUUCUGUCAGGUUCACCAAAACACUGCAUAUAAAAAUUGCAGAAAGUUGAAAACUCAGCUCCUAGGUUAGUUCUAAAGGCAAAAAAACGUGAUCACGUCACUCCACUACUCCAUUCCCUUCACUGGCUCCCUAUACAGGCACGCAAUGACUACAAGCUGUCUGUUCUCUGUCACAAAUUUUUCUCGGAUUCCUGCCCUUCCUAUCUAACCGAACUUCUUUCUGUCUAUUCACCAAUUCGACAGCUUCGCUCCUCCGCAGACACGCUUAUUCUGUCCGUUUCCAAGACACACAAUAAAACAUAUGGUGAACGAUCUUUCUCUUUCUGCACCCCCAAACAAUGGAAUUCUUUGCCACUAUACAUCCGCAAUAUACCAACCACCAUGGCCUUCAAAACUGCACUCAAAACACAUCUCUUUAAACUAUACUACCCUGACUGAUUCCCCUCCUCUGACCGAUAAAAGAUCCUGGUGGCUGCCGUCCAAGGUUUGCCAUGUAAAAGUUCUGGGGUGGGGUGGGUGAAUAUACAUUUGUUUGUGUUGUUUUGUUUACUCGCUGUUCUUUAUUUCAUAAAUUUAUUUUAUUUUAAUGUCAUGAUUAUGUCUCUUUUUUAUAAUAUUUUUAUGUACAGCACGGUGAGCCCAACCCUAGGCUGGGGUAACGCGCUAUAUAAGACCACUUAUUAUUAUUAUAUAAGUAGGUAGUCUAGUGAUUUCCUAUAACCCAGUUAAAUAUAGUACAGCCCGCAAUAUAAGUGGUCUAGUGCUUUCCUUUACACAGUUAAUGCUUCAACCAUGCUGUAAUAUGUAGAUUUGGUCCUAGAGUUCUAUUAUUUAUAAUUCAGUGCGUGGCACACUUCCUUAUAUGUUUAAUAUGCGCAUAAUCUAUUUAAGUAAAUUAAAAACAUAUCAGUUUUACAAAUGUAUGAGAGAAAAACACAGUUUUUUUUAAAGAACUAGCUUCGACGUCCAUCGUUUAUAUCAAAAUCCCGUGACACAUCUGUGAGUCUACACAAUGUGUCACGACACAACAGUUAAAUUUUUUUUUAAAGCGAGCCUUGAUAAGCUAUUAUGAUAUAAAUGAUAAGAACACUUUGGGGCCGUUUAUAAAGUAGGUCACUCUAACGCAGGCCUUUAGGGUGUGCGACCUGUGCCCUCGCAAAUGGCACCGUGGCCAUAGGGGCGUCUUGGGCGCCCAGUAAAUAUUUAAAUUCCCUUAGUUUAUUAUAGUGAAGUGUGAACCUAGGGUCUGGGAUCGAGAAAGGGUAUUCUAACUUUUCGUGCAAUGGGUUUUCAUUCAAUGAAAGUUGCAUUCUUAAUUUGGAUACUAACACUGGAGUUGGGACCAACCGAACGGGCGUGGAAAUAAGUUUAUUAAUACCGUAUUUCCUUGUCCCUCUUACAAUUAUUUCAGCAGAAGGAAUAUGGGGAGCAAAAAGCUUUCCGGUGCGCAAAAUCGCAAGCGCAAAGCAAAUAAAGUACGCCGCAAUCGGAAAAAGAGGGAGCCGUACAAGGACAGGGAAAGGGGCAAAAGUUUACUUAAGGCUGGCAUUGGUCACGUUCCUGGUGGUGGAAGGGGGUCUAAGAAAGUGGGUCCGUUUUUGAUCCGGGUGUGGGGUGGGGCGCCGGGUUAAAAUAUCAUAUGUGACGUCACACAUUUUUUUUUAUCAUGCAUAUCAAUUCUUUUAAUUGAUAUUGAUGUUUAGCUUUCUGUUGUUGUAGUAUAAUAAUAUAUAAGCACUCAAGGCUGUGGUUAGUGUAGCCACUAACUCUUUUCUCCAACCAACAUUCUUUCUAUACACCACAUCACGGCGAUGACCCCUCGCUCCCGUCAUCCAGCCAAUAUUCACACAUUUAAGCUUAGGCAUUCGUCAAAACAACUCACCACGUCCGGUCAGUCAACAAUCGGGUCACUGUGGGUCACUCACUUCACUCAGCACUCUUGAGAACAAUACUGGUCACUUGAUUGGUCACUCUUACUGUCCCAAUGGAUAUAUUAUGACUAAAGUGUCACUUUUAUAAAUUUAAUAGAAGUUUAAAAGUGUAAGUGUUUUCAAUUAAAUUUUAAUUAGUUGGUAAUUUUAAGAUAUUUUUUAGUUCAAAGGUGUGACGAACUUGGGAAAGGGAGGGGGGGGGGGUUAUCGGAAAGUCCAACAUUUGUAACAGUCGGAGGGGGUAAAAUAGCGAAAAUAGCGUUACUCACAUUACAGACUCAUACGUUCUUUACAGACAGCCCCAUGGUACUUUAAAGAAAGCCCCGUGAAAUUAAAUUUUAAUUAGUUGGUAAUUUUAAGAUAUUUUUUAGUUCAAAGGUGUGACGAACUUGGGAAAGGGAGGGGGGGGGGUUAUCGGAAAGUCCAACAUUUGUAACAGGCGGAGAGGGUAAAAUAGCGAAAAUAGCGUUACUCACAUUACAGACUCAUACGUUCUUUACAGACAGCCCCAUGGUACUUUAAAGACAGCCCCGUGGUACUUUACAGACAGCCCCAUAAGUUCGUUACAGACAGCUCCAUGGUACUUAACAGACAGCCCCAUGGUACUUUACAGACAGCCCCAUGGUACUUUACAGACAGCCCCAUACGUUCUUUACAGACAGCCCCAUGGUACUUUACAGACAGCCCCAUGGUACUUUACAGACAGCCAAAUACGUACUUUACAGACAUCCCCAUGGUACUUUACAGACAGCCCAUGGUACGGUACAGACAGCCCCAUGGUACUUUACAGACAUCCCCAUGGUACUUUACAGACAACCCCAUUGUACUUUACAGACAGUCCCAUGGUACUUUACAGACAGCCCCAUACGUACUUUACAGACAGCCCCAUACGUACUUUACAGACAGCCCCAUACGUACUUUACAGACAGCCCCAUACGUACUUUACAGACAGCCCCAUACGUACUUUACAGAUUUGUGCAUGCUAUUAAACCCCCUUCUCCAGUAGCUUUAUUGGAGUAUCAUCGUCUCCACGGUUAAAAUAUGUUCUCCGAUAUUUAGAUCGGGAAAUUGAAAAUUCAAAAGCACGAGUGUUUUCAAUAUUUUAACGUAUGAUAAAUAAUUUUAAAAAUUUCUUUGCAGUUUCGUUUCGAUAAGAAGAGAAGUACUAUUUCGGAAAAUGGAUUCGCAACUUUUUCAAAAUGAGAUGACACAUAACGCCUUUUCAUACCCUACUUCGUAUAUGAAACAUCCAUUCUAUGAGUCAUUAGGCUCAAGGCGCCACAGUUUUCGUAAGAACGAACUUGACGGAAGGACCGGAUUCUUGGACGAUUGUUUGGGACUGGCGGAACAGGGUUUCUAUAAAGAUGGUAAGUAUUUGUUUUUAUUUUCUGAUCUUAUGAAUGCCUGGAAUAGAGAAUAGCUGACAACUGUCACACUAUUAGGGAGUGGUUUAGGGGGGAAAAAAAGGGGGGGGGGAUCCAUAGAAAUGCUAUAAAACGAUAUAAGUGGAAGGGUCGGGUCACAAAUGUCCUAUUUUUGUGUUAUAUCAUAUGUGUACAGCCCCGUGGGUACUUUUCCCCACGGUUAAAGACAUUUUAAUUAACACAUAUGCGUUCAAUGAUUCACUGAAUGAUUGGACUUAUGAAUCAUUUAAUUAUUAAACUUAUGAUUCACUUGAGUGAUGAAACGUAUGAUUCACUUGAGUGAUGAAACUUAUGAUUCAUUGAGUGAUGAAACUUAUGAUUCGUUGAGUGAUGAAACUUAUGAUUCGUUGAGUGAUGAAACUUAUGAUUCGUUGAGUGAUGAAACUUAUGAUUCGUUGAGUGAUGAAACUUAUGAUUCGUUGACUGAUGAAACUUAUGAUUCGUUGAGUGAUGAAACUUAUGAUUCGUUGAGUGGUGAAACUUAUGAUUCGUUGAGUGAUGAAACGUAUGAUUCGUUGAGUGAUGAAACUUAUGAUUCAUUGAGUGAUGAAACUUAUGAUUCGUUGAGUGAUGAAACUUAUGAUUCGUUGAGUGAUGAAACUUAUGAUUCAUUGAGUGAUGAAACUGAUGAUUCACACAAUGAAGUCAGUGACUAAACUUGUGAUUCACUGAAUGAUUAAACUUACGAUUCACUGAACGAUUCAAUUUAUUAUCUGAUAAGCGACCUAAUCAAUAUUAUUGCAUUGGCGGUGUUGCAUUUCUUGCUCUGUGUUACGUAUCAGUGUGUUACUGAAAUGCGCACACUUCUUUCAAUGCGCGCCCCCAAGACGACUUGACGUGAUUUGUGAUUAUCAGCGGGUCUCAAUCAUAAAUAGAGAUUAGCAGUAAAACAGGGUUAUAUUGAAACAUUUACCUGUAUGUUAAUAUACAUUAAUAAUGAUUAUCCCUUAUUGAAACUUUGCUUAACACAUUUAAUUGAUUUUUUUUUUUUAAACGUGAAUCACGGUUAAGUCUAGCACUGGAGUACAUGCUUAAGUUACUGGAACUGGAUUAAACAUGCCUCAUUCUGAUGUUAAUGUAUUCUGAAGGCUUGUAAGCUGGGUUCCGCAAUCACUGUGCUCUCGUUACACAGGAGUGCCGAGAAUUAAUGCUAGGGUGUGCCGAGAAUAAUGCUACGUGUGCCGAGAAUUAAUGCUAGGGUGUGUCGAGAAUUAAUGCUAGGGUGUGUCGAGAAUUAAUGCUAGGGUGUGCUGAGAAUUAAUGCUAGGUGUGUCGAGAAUUAAUGCUAGGUGUGCCGAGAAUUAAUGCUAGGGUGUGCCGAGAAUUAAUGCUAGGUGUGCCGAGAAUUAAUGCUAGGGUGUGCCGAGAAUUAAUGGAAGGUGUGCCGAGAAUUAAUGCUAGGUGUGCCGAGAAUUAAUGCUAGGUGUGCCGAGAAUUAAUGCUAGGGUGUGCCUAGAAUUAAUGGUAGGGUGUGCCGAGAAUUAAUGCUAGGUGUGCCGAGAAUUAAUGCUAGGGUGUGCCGAGAAUUAAUGCUAAGUGUGCCGAGAAUUAAUGCUAGGCGUGCCAAGAAUCAAUGCUAGGGUGUGCCGAGAAUUAAUGCUAGGUGUGCCAAGAAUCAAUGCUAGGUGUGCCAAGAAUCAAUGCUAGGUGUGCCAAGAAUCAAUGCUAGGUGUGCCAAGAAUCAAUGCUAGGUGUGAGGAGAAAAAACCUAAAACGUUGGGUUUUUUUUUAACGAUUGUGGCACAACACUACCAACGCCAGAAAGGCCUUAUAUUGUAUUUAAUAAUUGAAAACCAAAUUGCAAAAAAACAAUUAUUAUUUUUUUUUGUGAACCAAAAUCAUUUCUUUUUUAUCAUCACCUCCCUCGCUCCCCCCCCCUCCCCCCAACCAACACCCUCUCGCGCAUAUGCUUGUUUUGUAUUGCUUGAUAAGUGAAACAAAAACUCUAACUCUAAGUGGACGAAUCUUUUUUUUUUUUUUUUAUCCAGUGUCAAGAGCUUGUGUCCUUAAAAAAACAAACAAAAUUAGAAUUGUGCAUACAUUUAAUACACAUUGAGUAAAAGAAAUUUAAUCGAGCAUUUUAGGUUGAAAAAAAUUGAUUAGCCAUUUACUAUCGCCCUUUCAAUAAGCAUAUAACAUCAAAUCCUCUUUUUUGUCUGUAACUUUUAGCAACCCACGCGUUUAUGUAUAGUUAUGGAAAUCCCGGUGUACCAUGAUAGGUAAAUGAAAUCUACCGUCUUCCUUUCGAGCACAGUUCUAUAUAAACGCUUAUGUUUAUUCAAAUAUAAUAAAAUUUUAUUUCCUUUAAAUGAAAACCCAACUUAUUAUUUCAAAUUGCGAUUAUUACUUCAUGUGCCGAACUUUAGUUUUUAAUAAUCUAUGCAAACUUUGAAAAUUGGAAAAGCGGAGAUUUUGCACAAAAUGAAAUAAUUAGUUUUUGAAAAAAUAAUUAAAAAUAAAUAAAUAAAUGCCAUAUAACAUUGCUCUCGACCCCACGCCACCCCAUAUAACUCAAAAUAACAUAAUGAGUUAAUGAUAAAUUAACCCUUACCCCCCAACGAGUUAUAUAAUAUUUGCACGGCCCCUAUUUUGUAACAUGUGUUCUUUUUUUUUUUAAUGUAAAAACUCAACCUAUGGGUCGUGACCCCUUGGGGGGGGGGGUCGAUGAACGACCCUUUCAAGGGGUAGCCUAAGACCAUCGGAAAACACAUAUACUCUACAGUUAUGAAGUAGCGACGUAAAUAAACUUGUGUUUGGGUGGUCGCCACAACAUGAGGAACUGUAUUAAAGGGUCGCGGCAUUAGGAAGGUUGAGAACCACUGAUGUAGACUGAUGAAAAGCUAGAUCUAUUCCAAUAUCUUUUUAUAGCACGACCGGAUUGUAAUCAGUUUCGAAAACGAUAGUCGGAAAUUUCCCAUUGUUAUUUCAAUGUUACGUUUCUUUUGAAGGGCAUGUAAGGGGUCUUUCGCAAAUUACGUCACGCUCAGGGGAGGGGGGGGGGAAGGGGGGCGGGGUCGAGAAUUUGUGACCCUUUGUGACAGAGGAGAAGGGAGGGGGUGGGUCAAAAAUUUGUGACAUCACUUUGUUGUUUUUUUUUAAAUCUAAAAUUUUCUAAGGGAGGGGGGGGGGGGGGGGGAGGGGGGGGGGGGUCGAGAAUUUGUGGCCCUUUGUGACAGAGGAGAGGGGAGGGGGUGGGUCAAAAAUUUGUGACAUCACUUUGUUGUUUUUUUUUAAAUCUAAAAUUUUCUAAUUUUGAACAAAAAUCUUUAUUUGAUUAGUUUUAACAUUAUUAAUAUGAAGUCGAAAUUGCCUCAGGUAUUAUAGGUACUAUGAAUGUCAUUUUUCUAAUAAUACUACAUCUUAAUCCAUUAUGGGCAAAUGUUGAAAAAUAAAAUAAAGUCUUAGUUUAGUUAUAAAAAAUGUAUGUACGUUUUGAAUUUUUUUUUUGGUGUGGCGUGACACACGUGAGUUAAUUUACGAACGACCCCUAAGGAAUAAAAUGCCACUCAAAAGUAAUGUAGCCCAGCUGGUAAGCAGUGUUUCUUUCAGAGAAUUCGAUCAGAAUUGCCAUUUCGAGUGUUUGUGUGGGGGGUGGCGAGGGUCAGUGGGUGGGGCGACAGUGCAUUCAUAAACACCUAAAGUGUCACAAUGGCAUUCAGCGCUAGCUUUGAAUCCGGCGCCCUGCAUCAAAUGAAUUCGUCCAGUUUCGACGCCCCGGGGGUGUUGCCUUGGGGUCCUAUCUUUUUUUUUUGCCACUAAAUUCUACAAAAACCUUCGUAAAGCAUCUUCGUUUAAAAAUGAAAGGGGAAAUACUAUUUCUUGUCAGAUAAGACUUACUGAGUUAAGAAAAUCGUCACGUUACUAACAUCUGAAGGUUGCUUUGAAUAGAUGCAAUGGUGUCACGAAUGUCACUUUGAUCGGGGUUAGGAGAAGUGGAAAUAAAGGCUUCGACCAUUCGUACCCGGGUAUCAGAAGUGAGAGGUUGGGAUUAAAAAAACUAUUUAAAAUUUUAUUGCUGGGCUUGUAAGACAAAAUGAGGUAUGAAAUGAAAGAUGAUUGAAUGUUUGUAAACUUACUUCUUCAGUUUAACUAAACUAAGCUUUACCCCCCCCCCUCCUCCCUUUCCCAGGGCCGUCUUAACAACAUAGAAGGCCCCGGGCACAGCAAUGCACUGGGGCCCCCUAGCAACACAACACACCUAGGCCUUAAGAAGGGUGAGGGGGGCACUCACCCCAUGCUCAAACAGUUAGGGGGAGGGGGUGUGGCAAACAGUUCCUGCUCCCCAUCAACUCACCAAGAGGAAUACAAAUGUAAAGUAAAAACAAAUAUUCAAUAAAUUCAUCGAAAAAAGUCAUUCAAAAUCAAUAAAGGUUUUGAAACAUUAUCAGAAUAAACUAUAAAUAAUCACAGAUGAUAAUGAUGAUAAAUUAUCAUUAUUGACGGAUAGAAUAAAUUAUUUGAUAUACAUCAGCAUAAUUGUUUGCGUAAUUUUUUUGCAGAUAAUUGGGUAGAGAAUUGUUUUGUUAUUGGUAUAAAGUCAAUGGUCUUAAGGAUAUCAUUUUAAUACAUAUAAGUGAGAGCCAGUUCAAACGUUUUUGUCCCAUUACACUGCGAAGCUGAUUCUUACCUUAUUUUUGACUAUUCAUAUCUGGAAAAAGUAGAACUUGUUCACGAGAGUUAUUCCCCUUUAAAAGUUUUAAAAUUGUCCAACUUUGUUUCGCAUUUAUAAUAUUAAUUUUGGCAUGUGCUGAUGUAUAUCGUGGAUUAAAAUUUGGAAUUUUAAAUCCAAUUAAAUUGUAAAAUAUUUAAAUACUCAUUUAAAAUAUGUAGAGCAUGAUGCCUCUAUAAGAGUGAGUUUCCUAGAAACGUGGGGCCCCCUAAAAGCGCGGGGCCCUUAAGACGACACUGCCCUUUCCGAAAGAAGAGCAUACCUACUGGGCAAACGCGUCCAGCAGGCUAUUCACCGAUAGUUGGCGAAGACACGAGUUAAAUCCGAACACAACAUCUUUGUACGCGUGGCAGGCAAUGUUAGCUUAUAGUAUCGCACCUCGGGACAGAUCGAAUACUUCACAGCUCUUGAAAAGUAUUUAACCAUCGUAAUAACAGCAUGCAUCGCUUUUAAAACUUUACAAAAAAACUUUAGUAUACCUGACCUCAUUCUGGAAGCGUUUUGACUUUUGCGAGUGGAUGAGACUUAAAUCGUUUGUUAACUCCGCUGUAGGCCAGGUAAAACGUACGUUUGGAUACUGACACUUAAUACUUGAUUGCAAUCAAGUGAGAAAAUCAUUAAUUAAAUUAUUUUAAAUGCACUGACAAGCGUAAUUAAAAAAAAACUUUAAAAAAAAUAAAAAAAAAAAAAAAAAAAAAAAAAAAAAAAAAAUCAUUCGAGCUUUUAUCAAAAUCAUUGUCAGUAGUUGAUACAAGCUUUGAACUCCACCCUCACCCAAGAACCUCCACAACCCCCCGUCCCCAUUUUUCCGAAAGAAAAAAAAUUAGAUAUCAGACAGGCUAUUCCACUCCUUAUCAUGUUAUUUUUGUCGUAUGAGAAUGUUUUACUAGACAAUGUCUUAGUUCAGUGCUUUCAUUUUUUUUCUUCUGUCUGCACUUUUAUUGAUAUCUUACUUUCGCAAAUGAAUUGAGUUUAUCAUAAUUUUUUUAAAUUUUAAUUUUUUUUAUUUUUCAUAGUUAACAAACCAAACACAUACUAUUGUUUUUGUUGUGGCCUUGAACUUGCUGUGAGGAAAGCAUCCUUCCUGGAGGAGGUGUGUCUAUGCAAUGUACACAAAAUGUAUAACACCACCGUCAGCUGCUGUUGUGCUUACUGGGAGAUUUUUAAAAUCUUCAAAACAACCGAUGUUAAGGUAAGUAUACAGUACCAUAGUAGGAACAUGUUAGUUUAUAAUGGUGCAAUCUUUACAUGUCACUGAGUUGGUUUAAUGGCAAAAAAACACGCACACAAAACAAGGACAGAUGAAAUGAAGAAUAGUAUCAUAAUGAUAAAUUGAUAUUAUUUUUUUUACGAAAGCCUUUUUGUUUUUGUUUGAUGUUGUUGUAGUUCGAUGUUCAUUCAAUGUUUAGAAAAUAAAAAAUUUUAAAAAAAUAGUCAAUACCUUUUAAGUAGGUCCUCAUACCCAGUUUUUACAAAGCUUUGGCCAGUGCAUAAAUAUAUCCACACUUAAAUUGUCGCGACCAUCUCCCCUGAAGAUUAAAUGGCUAUUGUAAAUUAACUUUAAAAAAACCUGAAAUGUCCUCUUUUUCAGAUAACUGAGAAAAUAAAUCACGCUUCUGCACGUAAGAGUUUUUAUUUAACAAUAUAUUGUUUAAUAUUAUUAGUGCAUUAAUUCGUUUGACAACAUAAUAAGUUAUGAGUUUUUAUUUAAUUACGCCAACAAUAAAGUUAUUCUAAAUUAUCGACUUAUUUAUACCAUGCAAUUCUGUUAAUUUGAAUCAUUGGUUUUAUAUGUGUUAUAGUUUAAAGAGAGACAGAGUAUGAUACGCAUAAUAUUAAAAGAUAUAACAGCACGUAAUACAAUGUUCGAAUAUAUUUAUUUAUAUAUAUAUAUACUUAUAACAGUGUUUCCAUAUCUUGUUUCCAUGAGUCCCGAAAGUUGAUAUAUUCUCCAUUAUUCAUGUUUAUUAGAACGGUAGUGGAACAUACCAAUAUAACGCCAAAAUAAAUUUAAAAAAUGGAUCAAUAAAUUUACGCCUAGAACAGUUUCGUAAUGAGUACACUGUGAGAUUUCAAUUGAAACUGUCGCAUCUCGCAGAUCUUGGGAGAGCACUCCCGUCUUUCUUAACUCUUACCCUGCAAACGUCUCUGGCAAUUAAUAUUUAGUGCAUUUCUUAUGGUUCGGUGUAUAUGAAACAUUUCAGGUCCUAAUGAAGACGAAAAACAACAGCAACACUAAUUUACAAAACAUUUAAAAAGCCAAACGUGCAACAACCACAACAAGAAUAAAAAAAAAAAAUAAAUCACUGACAUCGCUAGGGUUAGUGCGACCCAGGGCGGACUCCAUCCCCCCCCCCCCACUACUCCGCCUUCCUAUGACCGCCUUCCUAUGCUUCUAAAACACUAAAAUGAGUUUAAGUCACGUGUCGAACAAAAUUUAAGAUUUACAAAACAAUUUCUGUCCAUUUCGCCCCCCCCCCCCGUAUUUCACAAGUUAACAGCUCUUAGAGUGCGGUUUAUGGUUACUGCUCCCAGAGUACAAGGGGGCCCCCCAGACAUCCCCCUCCCUCGAUUUGGAAGCAUAGUUAUAUAGUAAAACAAAAACAAACACGUACUUCCAAGGAUUGCACACUUAGUGUUCUGAAAUAUCCCACCAGUUACUCUUUGCUACAGUAAUUAUAAUAAUAAAAUUAAUAAUAAUGAUUCGUGCCAGAACCAUAUUGCCACUCCGAUCCUCAUCCCCCAAAACACGCACACAUAUGUUAUGUAUUCGAACCUGUUUUCUAUUUGAUGCAAGCAAACUAACACACUUUAAUGCAUCAUUUUUGUGCUUCACCCAAAUCGACAAAAGGUAGCGUACAUCUUCGUUUAACAAAGUAACAAAGUAUUGCACGUUUCAAAUGGAAAUUUUAUUUUAUUUUAAAUGGCAUUAAUUAUUCUGAAACACACGUUCAUUUGUCUGUGUCUGAUGGCUGAAUCAUUUCACUUAACUAUUUUAAAAACAAAUCGUUUCUAUUCAGAUGGAUUACUGGGCUACGAAGGCUGUAAUCCGAUUGCAGUUUGGUUUAACUGUCACAACGAAUUGUUAGUCACAGGCGACAAAAGUCUUUGGGACACCAUCCUAAACAACCAGAGCCGUGGUGACGAUGUAGACGUGAAUGCUGAGCUCAACACCCAAGAAAACUCUCACGGGACUGGAUUCCGAAUUCGUUUGGGUGUCUUAAAUCCCGAACAAAAUAGCACAGCUGAAUCUAGUCUCGAUGAAACAGAUGGUGUUAGGCCAAGUAGCGAUGCCGUGGGUAGAAUCGCCCGAAGCGCGAGACUCGAUGCCUCUAGACUACUUCUUUGCCCAUUCUGUACGCGAUAUUUAAGCUUUGAUAGAGUGGGAUAGGGAGAAAAAUGCUAAAAUAAGAAGAUAAAACUGGAACUUGGUGUUUAAACACUGCGCCCUCGUUAUCUCGACGAACAGAACGUGUCGUUUGUGUUAAGCGAAUGUGUGGCCUUACUUAGGAACACUCAGCUUUCCCUUAACCGCCAACAAGGUCUUAAAUAAGCGGUUAAAAUUUUGUUGUUGCUAUUAUGAAACAUUAUUGUUUAUGAAACUGUAUUGUUUACCAUAUCUUUCGAGUCAU